AUGGACACGGGCCGUCGCUCGGUCACGGACCCCGCGAGCACCGGCCUCCGAGCCAAGGCGAAUCACAUCUGCCCCGAUUCCAGCCUGCCGCCAAACCUCAAAGCCCACGCCACUGCUGACAAUAUGAGUUCUGAGGAGAGGAUUGGACAAGCCGAACCAGAACGAUGGGUCCCUUGCCACCACCGCCACGCUCAUGGAAAGCCUGUGUAUGUGGAUAGUGUCAUUUUGCAGACCUUGCAAGACUCUCCUGGCUGGGCUCAAGAGGGCGCAUUGCUUAAUUAUGCACCUAACAGCUUUGACCAUGUCAACCAGACUUUCAAGGACAGCACAGCUUGUUGGUACGCUACACUUUUGGUUUAA